UGCGACACUUAAGUCAUUUGACUACCAUAUAUGGCUGUGAAUGGACAAAAAACUGUCCCAUCCGUCUUCCACUAUCAAAAGCAACAUCUUUUUUGACAGUUGAAGAAACAUCUGUGGGGAAUGCAAACGGGACGUUCAUGAAGGUAUUAUAGGCGUGGAAGAAGAACACCAGAACAGAGCUAAUCAUCGAACCCGAGAAAGCCUCCUCAGACAAAAGUGGAGUCAACCUCUCAGGCUUCAUAAAUGAGCCGCUAGACUUUAAUGAUAAAAGCUAUGUGAUUAGUGCACUAAAUUACAUAUUGUCUUAUUUUUCAGAGGGAGAUCUAGAAAAUAUAGAAUCAACAUAAUUACCUUUUAUUAAACUGCUUUUUUCAAAUGUACAAGACAGACACAAGCCCUUGGGUUAUUCGAAAGACAAUGUAAGGAGCUCCGCUCUUAAACCUGAAUCUAACAAUCUUACUUAUGAAAAUAAAUUGAGCAAGCACUAUUUUCUGGAAAAUUAUUAAAUGCAGAAAUUCAAGAAAAAGUUGAUGAAGUCAAAAAGAAAGAAAAAAUUGCCAUGCUUAUGCAGUAUAGAUUUUAGGCCCCAAAUGUAAGCACCAGAUUAAAAAAAAAAAAAAUCAGAGCCUGCUCAGCUAUAGGAGAACAGCUUACCAAAGAGUCCGAGUGUAGGUAAGAUGCUACAGAACACAAUCAUCAAGGAGCCAAAGACUAUUUGGAGGCGGCAACUGAAAGAAAUGAGAGAUCAGAGCAAGAGGAAAGAGAGUGACCAGCCACCUCUGAGGAGUGUUGCCAAAAACAGGCUCAGGAGGGUCAACCCAAGAAAACUAGAACAGUUGCACAUGGUGUUGAGGCCUAGGAAGCUAGUGGGAAAUGCUUUCCACAUAGAACAGUCCUUCCCAAAGGAACAGAAGGCCCUAGUCUGUUCGAACUUGAAACCUCCCGUGUGGCGUGGGCCUUCUGCCUACACCAUGCUAAAAUCCCCACCAGACGUUAAAAAAAACCCAAAAGACUUAACCUACACCAUGCUUGUUUUCGAAGAUGCAAAUGCUAGAAUGAAGAAUCUGAAGGCUCCUAAACCAGACGUCCAUUCCAAAGAAAGUCACUACUUUCAUAAAACUCACUCUCAUGUGGUCCACAGAAGACUCAAGGCCAAACUGACUCAAAGGUUGAGAAAGAAAAAUUCACCCAAGAGGCUGAUGCUUGCACAAAGGCCUCCAUUCUCUGGAGUUAGGAGCCUCAUCAAUUCCCCUUCACAAGGGGCUUUUUCAUCUUCAGGAGACCUGAUACCUCAUGAAAAUCCAUUUCCAGAAUUCCUGGGUAUUUCAGAACCUUUGUUUCAAGACACUAUUGUAGAAAAGAUUACUACAAGAAAUGGUUUUGAAGAAAACAUUCCUAUAGAAGACACUCCUGUGCCACAAGAAGAAACUGCCCCUGAAAACACAGUCCACAGGCCUGCUGCUCUAGAUUCCACGGCAACCUCACACAACUUAAUGCCAAGUGAUAAACAGAGUGGUGAAAUGCAGUGGGAAUACAUGGGUACUCGCUUACCCCCCAAGCCCAAAGGCUUCACUUACCCAGUGCUCUCAUCCCCAGGCAAUCAAUUUGAAAUUCAGCUGAACCAGCAGCUAAGGUCCUCCAGAACCGGCCUCCUGAUGAAGCUCCUCAGCGAACAGCAGGAAGUAAAGGUGUCCACGGCAGACUGGGACACAGACCAAUGGAAGACUGAGCAUUACAUCAGCAAGAGCCCGGAGGCCCAGAGUGGACGCAAAGAGCAGCAGUCAAGUGAGGUGAGGACAGCUGCCAAAACAGGAGCCGUGGGUGUUUCGGUUGUUCAGGAUAGGCCACAAAAGCACCCAGACAGGGAGGCCAGGUGCUCCGGUCCAUAGCUUUUCUCAG